AUGAACCUUUUAACUGUGAUUAUCAAAUCUGCGAUCACGAAACGUAUCUCUACGUGCACAUACUCCAACGUUGACGAGGUCUUAGCUCUGCAGUCUGCAGAAUGUACCUGGCUCAUAAUUAUUAAGUUUGAGCAAAUUCCUACAAAUCUUCCACCACCUGGACCAGCACAGACCGUUUUACAUCCUCGAAAGGAUGUCUUUAUUUUGAAGGUGGCCAAAGUAGGACCAACUGGCGAUCGCCGUUGUAAAAUGGAACUUGAGUUAGUGACGCCAAAGGGGCCCGAAAAGAAGCCACCAUAUCGAAUAGACACUAGAGAAACACAGUUUGAUCCAGAGCCACCACCUUGCACUUGUCCAAAGCCAAAAAAGAAGACAAAAAGUUAG